UCAAUAUGUAAUUAAAUAAAAUCAACCCAGAGAUAGAAAAAGAUGAGAGAGAGGUUUAGAGAGAGAGAGAGUGCUAGGGUUUGGACAAGGCGUCCGGCAGCUAGGGACAGCGGUAAUGGGCUCCGACGGUGGCUUCCGGGUUUUGGCAAGCAGUAUCUGGGUCAGGCGACUUCGUUUUUCUUCUAUGAUUUUCCAGAGGAUAGUUCUGCGAAGGAUCUAUGGUUUUGUUUUGGGUCAUAUGGGAAGGUAGCAGAUGUUUAUAUUCCGGCAAGGCGGGAUCGAAGAGGGCGUCGGUUUGGCUUUGUUCGAAUGUCAGAGGUUUCAAAUGUGACAGAAAUGGAAAGGAAAUUGAAUCAGAUAUGGUUGGGUUCCUAUCAUCUUAAGGUGAAGGUGGCAGACAGUAUGAAAAAAGGGAAGGAAGGGUCAAUGGUGAGACACAAAGCACAGAUUGAGAAGAAAUGGAUUAAGAGGGACAACAAGGUGAAUCCAAAGGUGACUUAUGCACAGGUGGUGACCGGGAAUAUGGCUGAAGUUGAGGAUAGAAAUUCUACGGCUAAUGCUUUACGACAUGUUUCGGCAUUAAAGGAGAAUGAGUCAAUAGGGAAGAGGGUUGUGGAGGAUGGCAUAAAAUCCAAAGGCUCAGAAGCGGAGCCGGAGACAAGGCACGACGGGUCAAUGAAGACAGUCUCAUUUGGUAGGACUGCGAUGAGAUGCUUAUCAAAACCUGAUUUGGUUUUAACUUUUUCUCCUACGGAGGAGGAGGGGGCAUGGUUGAAACGAAGUUGGGGGGCCAUGGUGAGAUCUUUAGAUAUGGUGAAGCAAAUUCAGAACAGAUUCAAUGUUGAUGGGGUUCGGGUUACAGUAGCUUUGUUAGGGGGUUGUCAGGUAGUUUUACUGGAUAAUUCGGAAGGAUGUCUUGAGGAAUUCAUAAAGGAUAAUCGGGAGUUGAUAGAUUAUUGGUUUGAAUGGAUUCAGCAAAGCAGCUUAACUACAAAGCCUCUAUUGAGUAGAUUGGUGUGGCUUCGGUUGACAGGGGUCCCUUUGAAAGCAUGGAGUGACAGAUGCUUCACGGAGCUAGGGGGAUUAAUUGGAGAGGUGAUUCUUGUGGAUGAGGAUACAAAGAGCAAAUCUUUCCUGUGUGAAGGUAGAGUGCUGAUAUUGAGCACGGAAAAAACCAAAGUUUCAACCAUAGUUAAGCUGCAGAUUGAUGGUGAAGAUUUUCCGGUUACUGUGGAGGAGGAGGAGUGGCGGAUGGACCCAGAUUGGUGGUUGGUUGGUGAACGGCGAAACCCAGCAUCAGAUUCCGAUUCAGAAGCUUCCAGUGACGGUUACAAUAAUUGUCAGUUAAAUGAGGACGGAUUUCUGGGCGAUGAAGUCGCUGAUUUGGCCGAGGAUCGCGCAGCAACGUCCCUUGACGUUCAUGUAAGUUUAAAUGAGCAAGGAGUUUUGGCGGAAAAAAGAUCGGGUGAGUUGAUUAGGGAACAUGGGCUUGGUGUGAAUGGGCCGGGUCUGGAUAACUUGAGUGGGCCAGAACUUGUUGAGAAUGGUCUGCAGCUGGCCGAAUGGGGUAUGUUGGAGCCAGCUGGGUCACAACUUUGUCGGAGGGAUCGGGUGAAGAAAUAUAAAUGUGUGGAGGAGAUAUAUGCUGGGGGCAGGGGAGUGAGGGAAUCGAGAGAAACAGAGGUGUCGUGGGUUAUGGAGAGAACAAGGCUUAGAAGGGAAAGAAAGGAAGCAGUUCAGAUGGCUGGGUCUUGGCAGGAAGUGCAGCGGGAAGCCUCUUUGUCCGAUGGUUGUAUUCAACAAAGAAAUCACGUGAUUAGGCAACAGAUGGAGGUAGAUGAGGUGCGCAGAUUAUUUGAGAUGGGGCAAAGGUUAGGAAUUCAGUGUCAACAGAAUGAAGCAGAGGUGUUCUCAAGGAUGACAGAUUUAGAAGAGAGGGAUGCUGCUCCUUGUGAUAAGAAAGAGAAGGCUUUGUUGUGGGAAGAGAUGGGGAGUUUAGUGUCGGAUCAGGGUGGGAGGUGGCUUUUAGCAGGGGAUUUUAACUCUGUUCGAAGUAUAAUAGAAAGGAAGGGGAGGUUAGGGGAGACUCAGGAUAUGGAAGAGUUUAAUCGAUUUGUGGAAGGGAAUGGUCUAAUUGAUGUCAAAUUGUUGAACAGGAAGUUUACUUGGUAUAGAUCUGAUGGAAGCUCAAUGAGUAGACUUGACAGAUUUUUGUUAUCUUCGGAGAUGAGUAUGUUGGAAAGAGAUUGGACACAAGUUGGGCCGUUUCGAGCUCUUGAUGUAUGGCAACAACACCCGGAGUUUAGAGAUUUUGUGGUGGCUAAAUGGGAAAAUUUGCAGAUGGAAGGCUGGGCAGCUUUCAAGUGUCACAAAAAGCUGCAAUUAUUAAAGGAGGAAUGCAAAAGGUGGAACAAGGAGGUGUUUGGAAAUGUGGAGGUAAGGUAUGAGAGUUUGUUGCAGCAAAUUGAGAUGUUAGAUAAAAAAAGUGAGGAGACUGAUCUAAAUGAGAAUGAGGUGAUGUUACGAAGGGUGUGUUCUCAGGAAGUUUGGGAAAUUUUACAGAAAAGAGAAGCGGUGUGGAAACAAAAAUCACGAGCCAAUUGGGUUCGCCUUGGGGAUGCAAAUACGGCAUUCUUUCAUAGAUGUGUGCAUGCACGACAAGCACAGAAUGUAUUAUCAGGCAUUUUAGGUGAGGGUGGGUGGGUUGAGGAACCUGAUCUGAUAAAGGCGGAGGCAGUGCGGUAUUUUUGUCAGUUAUUUCAGAAUAAACAGUGGAGUCGUCCAGUGAUGGGUGGGAUUCAAUUUCGUCGAAUUUCAGCUGAACAGAGGGAGUGGCUCGAAAGGCCUUUCUCAAUAGAGGAGAUUGAAGAAGGACUUCAUAGUUGUGAUGGCUCAAAGGCACCCGGUCCGGAUGGGUUUAAUUUUAAUUUCAUAAAGUUUGCGUGGAGCUCUUUGAAAGAUGAUUUCGUGAAUUUUAUGUGUGAAUUUCAUCAGCAUGGGAGGUUAGUGAAAGGCUUAAAUUCUUCCUUCCUUGCAUUAAUUCCUAAGAAAUUGAAUCCGCUUCAGUUUAAGGAGUAUAGGCCUAUUAGCUUGCUGGGGUGUUUGUAUAAAUUGUUGGCCAAGGCAGUUGGGGACAGCGUGCUAAUCUUGAAUGAGGUUGUGCAUGAGGUAAAAAGCAGAAAGCAACAAAGCUUUAUGUUUAAAGCUGAUUUUGAGAAAGCUUAUGAUUGUGUGGAUUGGGGUUUUCUCGAUUGGAUGAUGGAUAGUAUGGGCUUUGGGGAUAAAUGGAGGAAAUGGAUCCGGGAAUGUCUCUCAACUGCGAGGAUAUCGGUGUUAAUUAAUGGAAGUCCAACGAAGGAAUUCUCUGUUUCCAAAGGCCUCCGUCAAGAUGAUCCUUUGUCCCCUUUUCUGUUUUUAUUGGUUGGAGAAGGUUUGUGUGGGCUGGUCAAAAAAGCUGAGGGUGAAGGGCUGUUGAGAGGGGUAGAGAUUGGAAGGGGAGGGGUGGUUUUGUCGCUAUUACAAUUUGCAGAUGACACAGUGUUCAUCGGGACAGCUGAUGCAGAAAAUGUUAGAGUUGUGAAAGCUAUCUUGUUUUGGUUUGAACUGAUCUCUGGGUUAAAGAUAGAUUUUAGCAAGAGUCAUCUGUACGGUUUUAAUAUUUCGGAGGGUUGGUUACAAGGGGCAGCAGAUAUGUUACACUGUGGGGUGGGCAAAGUGCCUUUUAUAUACUUGGGUUUGCCAGUAGGAGGAAAUCCGGGGAGGAAAAGGUGUUGGAAGUCGAUAAUAGAGCGGUUUCAUCAAAAGUUAGCCACUUGGAAGAGCCCAUUACUGUCCUUUGGAGGCCGGAUUACCUUAAUAAACUCGCGGAAUUUUUUCUGGGGUGGUGUGAGUUUGGCUAAAAAGAUUCCAUGGGUUAGUUGGGAGUGUAUGUGUGCGGAGAAGGGGAAGGGGGGUCUAGGAGUGGUUGAUUUAGAGAGAAAGAAUGGGGCUUUGUUGGGGAAAUGGUGGUUUCGUUUAGGAGAUGGUUUGGAUAGCUUAUGGAAGAGGAUGAUUUGGGGAAAAUAUUAUGGGGGUAGGAGGGAGAGGGAUGUCACUUCCGUUGAGUGUUUGAAUAUGUCUCGGAUUUGGAAGGAUAUUGUGUGUUUGGGUAGUAGAUCGGAGCGAUUUACAAAGAUGAAGGAAGGGGUAUUGAAGGAUAUGGGUGGUUGGUGUGGAGAUAAUUGGGUGUGGGAGUGUAGGUGGCGGUGUGGAAGUAGAGGGAGGGCUGCAGAAGAGGAAGAAAUUUUUCGGGCAAUGAUUAAUGGAUUUACGUUGCGGAUUGAUAGGGAGGAUGUUUGGAAAUGGGUGCAUAGUAGUGAUGGUUGUUAUUCGGUGAAGGCAGCUUAUGAGUUCCUAACACCAACUUCUUGUUUUGUUGAGGAGAAAUGGGCUAAGGUGAUUUGGAAUAGAUAUGUUCCUUCAAAAGUGAGUGUGUUUGGGUGGAGACUGUUUUUGAAUAGGUUAGCGACGAAGGAGAAUUUAUGUAAGAGAGGAAUUGUGUUGUCAGGGGGUGAUAAGGGAUGCGUGUUCUGUCAUGAGGGGGAGGAGCAUCUUCAUCAUAUUUUCUGUGGGUGUAAAAGGGUAUGGUUAGUAUGGAUGAAGGUUUUGGGGUGGUGGGAGAUUCAGGGUGUUUUACCAAAUGAUCUGUUUAGUUGGGUGGAGUUAGUGGUAUUUGAGAUAGGUGGAGGUGUUUUGAAGGAAUUAGGUGCUCUAAUGUUUUUGGUUACGGCGUGGUUUAUUUGGUAUUGGAGGAAUUUGUAUGUGUUUAGGUCAGAGGGUAUGUCUGAAGAGCAAUUAUUUGAGUCUAUUCAAGCAAAAUCUUUUUCAUGGCUCAAGAAUAAGGAACCAGGGUGUGUGUUUUCAUAUACGGAUUGGAUGUUGAGGCCAAGGGAGUGCAGGGAGGCUAUUGUGCAACAUCGCAAGAAUUUAAAGAGUGCAAGGAAUUUGCAAUCGGGAGCAGACUGGAUGAGAGCGGAUCAGGAAGGGUAACGUUUUUCAAGUGCGUUGGUGGUUUUUGCUACGUUUGGAUUUUGGGUGCUGGAAGGUGUUGACUAAGCUGCAGAGGCAAGUGUAUGAUGUUUUUAUGCUACUUUGUUCUCGGUUUCUGCUAUGUUUGCAUGAUGGUUAUAUUUGAGGUUUUGCACUUUUUGUGAUAUUGUGCUUUUUUGGAAUUAGUGUAUAUGGGCAAGAGUACCCCUUGUGCUCUAUAUAAUAAGAUUCGUUUUUGCUG